GAGCGGCACCUGAGUCCCGGACGCCGGGCGCGCAGGGUUCGGCGGAAGGCCCCGCUGUCUGCAGAGGAGUCACGGGGACAGGCAGGGCAGCCUCAGGGGAGGUGCUCAAGAAUAGCCCAUGGAAGAAUCAUCUGAAGAGGUGGUGAUUAAGAUCUCAGACCUGGAGUGGACAUGUUUGGAUUUCCAACAGCUACCCUGCUGGACUGUCAUGGGAGAUAUGCCCAGAAUGUAGCAUUUUUCAAUGUGAUGACAGAAGCCCACCACAAAUAUGAUCACUCUGAGGCCACAGGAUCUUCCAGCUGGGAUUUUCAGAAUGCUUUUAGAAGAGAGAAGGUGGAACAGAAGUCUGCAGAUUCUAAGACACUCCAAGAAGAUUCACCUGGAGUGAGACAGAAGGUUUAUGAGUGCCAGGACUGUGGCAAGUCCUUCCGGCAAAAAGGUAGCCUGACGUUACAUGAGAGAAUCCACACUGGGCAAAAGCCCUUUGAGUGCAGCCAUUGCGGAAAAAGCUUCCGGGCCAAAGGAAAUCUUGUUACACACCAGCGAGUACACACGGGAGAGAAGCCCUAUCAGUGCAAAGAGUGUGGGAAAAGCUUUAGUCAGCGAGGCAGUCUGGCCGUCCAUGAAAGACUCCACACUGGACAGAAACCCUAUGAGUGUGCCAUUUGCCAGAGAAGCUUCAGAAAUCAAAGUAACCUUGCUGUUCACCGAAGAGUUCACAGCGGUGAAAAGCCCUACAGAUGUGACCAAUGUGGGAAAGCCUUCAGUCAGAAAGGUAGCUUAAUUGUUCACAUCCGGGUGCACACGGGCCUGAAGCCCUAUGCCUGUGCCCAGUGUAGGAAGAGUUUCCACACUAGAGGGAAUUGUGUUCUACAUGGCAAAGUCCACACAGGAGAAGCACCCUACCUGUGUGGCCAGUGUGGAAAAAGCUUCACUCAGAGAGGGAGUCUGGCUGUGCACCAGCGAAGCUGCUCACAGAGGCUCACCCUUUGACUUUCUUCACAGGAAGUUCUCUCUAUGGAUUAAAGAAAAUUAUCUUUAUGAAUUAAGAGUGCAAAACCCUCUGCAAUCACACAGCCUAUCCAAUGGUGUGGAAUGAAUGGUGAAUCUUCUAGGAAGACCAAUGUUGGGUAGGAUAAACUGACUUUUUUUCCUUUCCCCCAGGUGAAUAUAAAAAAUAAACGUC